ACUGUUCAUAUUUCCUAUGUACCUUGACAUUAUGGCUACAUUAUAAAGCUACGUAAAAACAGAGGCGCAUUUUAUACAAUUUUUUUUCUCACACCCCUGAUGAGACGCGUAAGCAAAUUAGGUAAAUGCGCCUCGCUGUGGUCAUUAUGAGCCAUCACAUGGUCAUUUUGAGUUGCCCGCCAACACACACCGUACUUACGUCAUAACAAGCAUGUUAGCCUGAGGAGUGUGUGUGUGUUACUUGUGACCUGUCCUAGCAAACAUGUUUGUUGCACGCAGCAUUGCAGCAGAUCAUAAAGAUCUAAUUCAUGAUGUAUCGUAUGAUUUUCAUGGCCGGAGAAUGGCGACUUGUUCCAGUGACCAAAGUGUAAAAGUUUGGGAUAAAAGUGAGAAUGGAGAGUGGCACUGCACUGCCAGCUGGAAGACUCAUAGUGGAUCAGUGUGGAGAGUGACCUGGGCUCAUCCAGAAUUUGGACAAGUUCUCGCUUCAUGCUCCUUUGACAGGACAGCUGCUGUUUGGGAGGAGAUUGUAGGAGAGUCAAAUGACAAACAGAGAGUGCAGAGCCACUGGAUAAAAAGAACCACACUUGUGGACAGUCGAACAUCAGUGACUGAUGUGAAAUUUGCUCCCAAACACAUGGGCCUUAUGCUGACCACAUGUUCUGCGGAUGGAGUGGUGAGGAUCUAUGAAGCUCCAGAUGUCAUGAACCUCAGUCAGUGGUCCCUGCAGCAUGAAAUCUCUUGCAAGCUCAGCUGCAGCUGCAUUUCUUGGAACCCCUCCAGCUCUAGGGCUCACCCGCCAAUGUUUGCCGUGGGAAGCGACGACAGCAACGUGACAUAUGGUGGCAAAGUUCAGAUCUAUGAAUACAAUGAAAACACAAGGAAAUAUGCCAAAGCAGAGUCUCUGAUGACCAUCACGGAUGCAGUCCAUGACAUUGCAUUUGCUCCAAAUCUGGGACGAUCUUUCCACGUCCUCGCUAUUGCAACAAAAGAUGUCCGGAUCUUUAAGCUUGUCCCUCUAAGGAAGGAAAGCACCUCUACAGGAUCCACCAAGUUUGAGGUGCAGAUUGUCGCCCAGUUUGACAACCACAACUCGCAAGUGUGGCGUGUGAGCUGGAACAUCACCAGCACCUUGCUGGCCUCCUCUGGAGAUGAUGGCUGUGUGCGUCUAUGGAAAGCCAACUACAUGGACAACUGGAAGUGCACGGGCAUCUUGAAGGGAGACGGCAGCCCACUGACUGGUUCAUCUGGUCAGCCCACAGCCAUGAGAACCGUGGUGGGCUCCUCUGCUCAGACCGCCCAGAAUGCCCUAAAUGGAAUUUCCGCAGGAAGGUAUUUCUUUCCCCCUCUGGAUCCUCCCAUAGCCGGAACCAGACAUGGUCACCUGCUGCCUCCCCCCUCACUCAUAGAACACUGUGAAUCUGAGCACAAUCAGCCUCAGCAACAGUCUGUUUCACGCAGACUUUCCUCAAGAUCACUGGUGUCCUUACCGGAGUCUGACGGACAAUAAUGCUGCAUAUCAACUGUGAAUUGGCUAUAAUUAAUUCACAAUAUGAUUGGAGAGGUGGGCCACACAUUGGCUUCUAUAUGUAUUUUUGUCCUUUAUGUUUUUCACUGCAUGUAAACAUGAAAAUAAAUGCUCUUUCAUUCACCAUGCAACUGAA